AUGACAAGUUUUCUUCGCCAUAUUUGUCUUGUUUUCCUAAGAUGCUGUUUUCAUAUUUUACUGACUUUUCUUCUUCCUUUUCUUCCUCUUCUCCUUUUUCUUCUUCUUUUCCUUUUCCUUUUUCUUUUCUUCUACAUUCGUUUCUUCUUCUUCCUCUUCUUCUCCUUUCUUCUUCUUCUUCUUCUUCUUCUGUUUCUAGUUCUUCCUUUUUCUUCCUCUUUUCCUUUUUCUCAUAUUAUUAUUCUAUUUCUUAUUCCUGUCUUCUUCUUUUUUCGUAUUUUUGUUUCUUUUUUCUAUUUUCUUCUUUUCUUCUUCUUCUUCUUCUUCUUCUUCUUCUUAUUAUUAUUAUUAUUAUUAUUAUUAUUAUUAUUUUUAUUAUUAUUAUUCUGCUUCUUGUUUUUUCUUUCUUUUUCUUCUUCUUCUUCUUCUUCUUCUUCUUCUUCUUCUUCUUCUUCUUCUUCUUCUUCUUCUUUUCUCAUCCUCUUCUUCUCGCUCGUUUCUUUCUUUUUUUCUUUCCUUCUUUUUUUUUUUUCUUUCUUUUCUUUUCUUUUCUUUCUUCUUCUUCUUCUUCUUCUUCUUAUUAUUAUUAUUAAUAUUAUUAUUCUGCUACUUGCUUUUUUCUUCUUUUCCUGUUCUUCUCUUUCAUUUUCGGUAUUCUUUCUUUCUUUCUUUCUUUCUUUCUUUCUUUCUUUCUUUCUUUCUUUCUUUCUUUCUUUCUUUCUUUCUUUCUUUCUUUCUUUCUUUCUCCAUACUGUCUUUCUAUCUUUCUUUCCUCCCCACUGCCUUUCGCACUUUCUUUCGUACUCGCUCUCUCCCCAUACUGCCUUUCUUUCACACACACUCUCUCUCUCUCGAUCUCUCCCAAUACUGCCUUUCUUUCCCUCUCGCUCUCCCCAGACUGAUUUUUUUACUCCCUCUUGCUGUUUCCCCAUAAUGCUUUUCUUUCUUUCUUUCUUUCUUUCUUUUCUUUCUUUCUUUCUUUCUUUCUUUCUUUCUUUCUUUCUUUCUUUCUUUCUCUCCUCAUGCUGCUUUUCUUUCGCACUCUCUCUCCCAUACUGCCUUUCGCUUUUUCUUUCGUUCGCGCUCUCUCCCCAUACUGCUUUUCUUUCACACACUCUCUCUCCCUCGAUCUCUCCCAAUACUCCUUUCUUUCUUUCUUUCUUUCUUUCUUUCUUUCUUUCUUUCUUUCUUUCUUUCUUUCUUUCUUUGUCUCUCUCUCCCCAUACUGCAUUUCUUUCACUCUCUCUCGCUCUGUCUCCAUACUGGCUUUCUUUCUUUCCCUCUCGCUCUUCCAAUACUGGCUUUCUUUCUUUCACUCACGCUAUCCCCAUAUUGCCUUUCUUUCUUUCUUUCUUUCUUUCUUUCUUUCUUUCUUUCUUUCUUUCGCAAUGCUGCCUUUCUUUCACUCUCUCUCGCUCUGUCCCCAUACUGCCUUUCUUUCUUUGUCUCUCUCUCUCCUCAUACUGCCUUUCUUUCUUUCUUUCUUUCUUUCUUUCUUUCUUUCUUUCUUUCUUUCUUUCUUUCUUUCUUUGUCUCUCUCUCUCUCCCUUUCUUUCUUUCUGCCUUUCAUUCACUCACUCUCCCUCUGUCCCCAUACUGGCUUUAUUUCUGCCUUUCUUUCUUUCUUUCUUUCUUUCUCUCUCUCUCCCCAUACUGCAUUUCUUUCUUUGUCUCUCUCUCUCCCCAUACUGCCUUUCUUUCUUUCUUUCUUUCUUUUUACUGCCUGUUCAGCUCACAAACUUGAUGUUGCCAUAUAAGAUUCGAAAAUCGUUUUGA